AUGAUCUCAAGCAGCUUUAUUAGGGGUAUAAGAAUAUGUUCAGCUACAUUUUAUCUGCUCUUUACGUUGAUAUCCAUACCGAUAUCCUUUAAAAUUGGGGGACUUCAUUGUGGGUUAGCAUUUACUGUAUCAUUAUUCAUAUUGUAUUUCCUGUCCACCACACUUAGUAUAUGGGCCAGAAAGUAUGGAAGUAGGAUUCAUAUACUUUUGACCAAUAUUCUAUAUUAUUUCCAACACUUCAUCAUCGCUUCGUUACUUUAUUUGUUCCUUUCAGGGUUUUCUAAUGAACAACUCAGUUCUAUGUUGAGGGAUGGGAAUAAACCAAUCGAUUCAAUUGCAGAUAUAUUCAAAAAGAAUGUUGCUUCUUCAACUCAAGCUAAUUGGGUUCUUUACUACUAUUACUACAGAUUUUUUGUUCAACCAUGGCAAUUUAUUCUUUCCUAUUCCACUCCAUUCUUCACUUUAUCUGAAGGAUUUUUUACUAUUUUAGCCAUUCAAGCAAUUGGCGAGACUAAUAAAUGGUUAGUGUAUGAAAUCAACUCCAACACUUGGGUUAUCAGUUCUUUGUUAGCUUCCGGUGGAGUCAUAACUGCGUCACUUUAUUAUUUAUAUCGAAUCUACGUGACUCCAAUCUGGCAACUAUCCGUUCAAACUGCUUCUUUACUUGGCUUUACUCUUUCACUAGUAGGUGGGCUAGGUAUCUAUGGAAUAGUCACCGACAAAGGUUCUGUUAUUGAAAGUUCAGUAUUCUUUGCCUAUAUUGUUCGUUGCAUAUAUGAAAUUUCACCAAAAUUAGCAACUACUGCUACAGAGGAAAUUCUAGAGGUUUUUAAAGAAGUUUGGCAAAGGCAUCAAGCCAAUUUAACUAGCCCAAAUAACCUUUUAUCGUAUUACCAUAAUGUUGUAUUGAAAAAUAUUGAAACAAUCUGGGAAUCCUUCAAGAUAAAUGAUAACAGCUUUAUUACAUCUUUUUCCACUGAGAGAGUGAUUACAAUUUUUAUGCCUAUCUGGAAACUUUUGAAAACCUUCACAAUAACAGUGCCAUCAUCAAUCAACGAAUUGUGUUUUGUUACAUAUAAGAUGGCCUGUGAGUCUAUAUCACCAGCUGUAAUAGUGAACCUAUGUUUCCGUGUUCUUAUUUUUUACUCAGCUACAAGAAUUAUUCCAGCUUUACAAAGAAGAGAUGAUAAUGAACUAAGGAAAAGUCGUAGAAUUAUGAAAGUGUUAUAUUGGUAUAGUCCAUGCAUUUUGAUUGCAAUGUACGCUCAUCUGAUCUUACAGUAUUCAGGUGAACUAAAGGACGAACUGUGUUUAUGGGGGUGUAACUCCAAAAUUUUCCCAUCUGAUCAACCCAAGAUCAUUGUAGAUUCUUGGGGAUUUUGGAAUUGGUGUAAUAUAUUUUUCACAAUCUUAGUGUAUGCAAGCGAAUUAAUAGGGACAACACCAGGAAGUAAACAAUAA